CUAAAGGGUGUCGGCACUGGCCUCGCCCUACUCCGACGUGGGAUGCUCUCGGCCGACACGCUCGUCCGCCGGCGUCUGCUAACAACGCUCGAGAUCCCCUCGACCGACCUCUCCCACCCUUGGGUACUCUCCUGGCUCUCCCGUCAGUCGUCGCCUUUCUCCGGCCGAGGGCGAGGGUUCCGCUCUCACCAGCUAAGCGUGAACACUAGUGUGAAUAAGCGGGAGAGUGGGGUGACGGAUGUCGAGUUUAAGCAGGUGCCGGGGGAGGGCACACAUUGGAUUAGGUAUAGAGGUGCGUGGAUGCAGGUAAGGAGAGAGCGGAAUGAGAGGAUGAUCGACGUAAAGUCCGGUACGCCCUGGGAGAAAGUCUCCCUCACAACGCUCUCCCGCGACCGGGCGUUAUUCGAUAUCAUCCUCCAAGAGGCGUACGACCUUGGGUCUAAGGCGAUCGAGAACAAGACGAUGAUAUACAGCGCCUGGGGCGCAGAGUGGAGGCCGCUUGGGCCACCGAGGAGGAAGAGAGAGCUGGAUAGUGUCGUCCUUGCUCAUGGGGUUAAGGAGCGGAUUGUGGAGGAUAUAAGGACGUUCAUGGGACGGGAAACGUGGUAUGCUGAUAGAGGAAUUCCCUACCGAAGAGGUUAUCUGCUCUCAGGCCCGCCAGGCUCUGGCAAGUCAUCCUUCGUCCAAGCUUUAGCCGGGUCACUAUCCAUGGACAUCUGUAUCCUCAACCUGUCCGAGCGAGGACAAACAGACGACAAGCUUAGCCACCUCCUGAUCAACGCCCCUCCGCGCAGUAUCAUCCUCUUGGAAGAUAUAGACGCGGCAUUCAAUCACCGAGUGCAGACCUCGGCCGAUGGAUACCAAUCCGCUAUCACCUUCUCCGGCCUGCUCAACGCCCUAGACGGCGUAGGCGCAGCCGAGUCGCGCAUAGUGUUCAUGACGACCAACCAUCCGCAAAAGCUUGACGCUGCGCUUAUCCGGCCCGGGAGGGUAGACAUGCACGAGACGCUAGACGACGCUACCCCCGCCCAGGCGAAGGAGAUGUUUGAACGGUUUUAUGCUGGUCAGGAGGGGGUGGAAGAGGGGGCAGGGAGGUUGGGGGAGAUGGUUAGGGACAGGAAUGUUAGUAUGGCCGCGCUGCAGGGGCUGUUUAUCGUGUCUGCUGAAGGUCCGGACAUGGCGCUAAAGUUGCUGAAGGCGAUGCUGGAGCAGGAGCGCGUCCCAAUCUAACACGGUCGGCUCGUACCCAUUGCAACGUGCAGGAAAUACUGGAGAAGGUGGGGAUGAGCGUGUAUCUCCAACCUAGGCAAAAAGCAGCGUUGGCCCUCAAGCAAGGAUAUAAUCUCCAUGUUCAGAAUUCCCCACAGCUUCGUCAGCUAUGUUACACCACUCACAAUGCC